UGAAGCUAUUUCCUUUUACGGAAUAUCUUUUAUUUAAUUUAAUAAUAAUAAUUCUCACUCCCUAACAGAAUACGAUCAAUGGCGUCAGCUGGUGUUGCUACUUUCCUUCCAAAAUUUCCCUCGCCCGUUUCAAAAUUCCGUUCCUCCGGCAACAACCGCCGCCGGAGACCUACACUCUCGCCGCGAAAUUCCGCCACUGGAGUCGGCGAGGCUUCUUCCUCUGUAUCUUCCAACGGCUACCCCUCCACCUCCAAGCAACCCUUCCCUGGCAAGCCAGAGGCAGAUGUUGUUGUUAUUGGGAGUGGUAUAGCUGGCCUAUGUUGUGCCGGACUGCUUGCUAGAUACCAGCAAGAUGUUUUGGUACUUGAAAGCCACGAUGUACCCGGGGGUGCUGCUCAUUCUUUUGAUAUUAAAGGCUAUAAGUUUGAUUCUGGCCCUUCUUUAUUCUCUGGCUUUCAAUCAAGGGGUCCCCAGGCCAAUCCUUUAGCACAAGUACUUGAUGCUCUGGGCGAAUCAAUUCCCUGUACAAAAUAUGAUUCCUGGAUGGUAUACAUACCUGAAGGUGAAUUUUUGUCUCGCAUUGGCCCGACAGAGUUCUUCAAGGAUCUGGAAAACUAUGCAGGUCCUGAUUCUGUGAGAGAAUGGAAAAAGCUUCUUGAUGCAAUUCUUCCAAUGUCAGCAGCAGCAAUGGCUCUACCUCCUCUGUCUAUCCGAGGUGACCUGGGUAUUCUUUCCACUGCUGCUGCCAGAUAUGCACCCUCCCUCUUGAAAUCCUUUGCUCAAAUGGGACCUCAGGGGGCCCUUGGUGCAACAAAGCUUCUCAGACCCUUUUCAGAAAUUAUUGAUUCAUUGGGCCUAAAAGAUCCUUUUAUAAGGAAUUGGUUGGAUCUUCUUGCUUUCUUGCUUGCAGGGGUCAAAACUAAUGGCAUACUCUCUGCAGAGAUGGUUUACAUGUUCUCAGAAUGGUACAAGCCAGGUUGCACAUUGGAGUAUCCUCUUCAUGGAAGUGGGGCUAUAGUUGAUGCUCUCGUACGAGGAUUACAGAAGUUUGGUGGACGGAUUUCUCUUAAGAGCCAUGUAGAAAAUAUCGUUGUUGAAAAUGGUAGAGCCACUGGAGUAAAAUUAAGAAGUGGCCAAUUUGUUCGUGCUAAAAAGGCUGUUGUCAGCAAUGCAUCUAUGUGGGACACUUUAAACUUAUUACCAAAGGAUGUUGUUCCAAAAACAUAUCAGGACCGGAUAAAAAAUACCCCACAAUGCGAAUCAUUUAUGCAUCUGCAUCUGGGCUUCGAUGCAGAGGGAAUACGCGAUGACCUGGGAAUCCAUCACAUAGUUGUGAAUGACUGGGAAAGAGGAGUUGAUGCUGAUCAGAAUGUUGUUCUGAUAUCUGUACCUAGUGUGCUUAGUCCUGAUCUUGCUCCUCCUGGGAAACACAUCUUGCAUGCCUAUACACCUGGAACUGAGCCAUUUGAAAUUUGGGAAGGACUCGAUCGCAAAAGCAGUGAAUACAAAAACCUCAAGGCGGAACGGUCUGAGGUAAUGUGGAAGGCAGUGGAAAGAGCGCUAGGUCCAGGUUUCAGUCGUGACAAGUGUGAGGUAAAAUUGGUUGGAACUCCACUAACACACCAAAGAUUUCUUAGGAGGAAUAGAGGAACUUAUGGACCAGCUAUACUAGCCGGCAAAGACACAUUCCCUGGCCAUUCAACACCAAUCCCCCAGCUCCUAUGCUGUGGCGACUCCACUUUCCCAGGCAUUGGAGUCCCUGCGGUUGCUGCCAGUGGUGCCAUCGUUGCCAAUUCCCUGGUUUCCGUGUCUCAACAUUCACAACUUCUUGAUGCAGUAGGAAUAUGACACUGCAUUAGUAUGUUAACGUUGCACUUCCAUACUUUUCUUUUACUACAAAGAUAACAUAGUGUUAAAUGACUAUAAAACAGAGCAAAACAUGCAUGGUGUAUGCCUUUUGGAAGGCUUGCACUUUGAAGCACUGCUUUUUUACUUCUCAUGAUGAAUAGAAUCGCACACUUCUUAUCAUAGAUUUGCAUUGGUCCUGAUGGGACCAAUGUUAGCAGGGACCAAUCUAUAUGCACUCUGGUACUUAGCCACUUAGGCUCCCAGUGGUUAUCCGAACCAUGCGCUUUAGAUUUGAAUAUGUAAUCAUUAGCUUGCACUUUUCCCUCUUUAUUUCUUCCCUUUGGGUGAGAAAUAUGGCACCGAAAUUUGAUUCACUCUCCAAUUACAAUUGAAGUUGGCAACAAAUAUAGGCUGCCAUCAGAAUUCUA